AUGCAGACUGCUUUUACAAACGUUUGAGAAAGAGUGUGCAAAUAGUCCAUUCAUGAAAUUUCCUUGCUACUAAAUAUUCCAUGGUCAACUGUUAGUGGUAUUAUAACAAAGUGGAAGCAACUGGGAACAACAGCAACUCCGCCAUGAAGUGGUAGGCCGCAUAAAAUGACAGAGCGGGGUCAGCGCAUGCUGAAGCGCACAGUGCACAGAAAUCGCCAACUGUCUGCAGGGUCAAUAGCUAAAUACCUCCAAACUUUAUGUGGUCUUCAGAUUAGCAAAACAACAGUGCGUAGAGAGCUUCAUGGAAUGGGUUUCCAUGGCCAAGCAGCUGCAUCCAAG